CCUUUCCUUUCCAUGACCCACAACCUCCCAUCACAAACCAUACCCCGCAUUGCACAGCGCAACAAAGUGUCCUCCCCCAACUCAAACAGCUGCCGGAACCUUUGCCUUCUUGUUAUCUUCCAAAGAUUCAGAGUAGAUAGGCCUUAGAAGCAAAAAUGUCAAGUAGCAGCGUCAACCCUUUCAUUAGGGCGCACGAUUCUAGGCCCGACUUCCGCGAGCAGACAGCCGCAGACCGGUAUGGCGUACCAGAAAACUUCCUUGAAAUAGAAGUACGCAAUCCUCAAUUCCACGGAGAUGGUCGGGGAAAAUAUGUUGAUUAUGAAAUCGUCUGCGAUACGAAUAUACCGGCUUUCAAGAAGACAAAUUCAGUAGUGAGGCGGAGGUUCAGCGACUUUGAAUGGUUUCGCGAUGCAUUGGAGCGAGAGUCUACACGAGUCAACAUCCCCAGCUUGCCGCCAAAGGUGUACUUCAACAACAGAUACUCCGAUGAGGUGGUCGAGCAGAGGCGGGUGGCAUUGGAAAGGUUUUUGCAAAUAGUUGCUGGGCAUCCGCUUCUCCAAACAGGUUCGAAAAUCCUUCAGCCUUUCAUCCAAGACCCAAACUUCAAUCGAGAUCUAUACUGAGAUCCCAUUAUGAAGAAGCCCCUUGUAAAUAAUCCGGCACAUCCUUUAUAGUUACCUAGCCAAAACCACACCAUAGUUUCUUUUCUGCCACACUGAACGGUAAAAAUUCCACCGCAUCAUCGUAAUUCACCCCCAUCCCCCAGUUCUUACUACUUAGUCUCGUAGCUAGCCUCCUUUUGUUUUUGGUUUUGGGAACAACAAUUUGGCUUAACGGUCCAACGUGAAGGUUCCCUCCAACGUUUGCUGGUAUGUACCUGAGUAAUUCAUUCCACCUUGCUUGGAUGGCUCUGUUGGAAGACACUGUCAUAAUCGUUCAUGUCUUGUGGUGAUUCUGGUCAUGUCCGGUGAGUAAGCUUACGCGUGCCGAUGAAACGCGUGCAAAACCAGGGACUGGCAGUCUGGCAUAGGAAGGCACCCUCCUC